AGAGACCGAUUACAAAUACGGAAAUACCAGCCAAAAAAUCUUAACCAAGAACUUAAAUUUGUAUUAGCAAUAUAGGUAGUUAUAUGUUGACCGAGGCACAAAGCGAACGGAACAACAUAGUUAGCAAGUUAGCAACAUUUUAAUUUUUCGUUUUAUGGAGUUUUUGCAGUUUCUAUCAUGGGCGUGCAUCGUGUUUACAGUUGGAAUGUUUUCCACAGGACUGACCGACCUGAAGAAAAUGAGAGCGACUCAGAGUGCAGAUAAUGUGCAGUUCCUGCCUUUCCUCACCACCUGCCUCAAUAACCUGGGAUGGCUGUACUAUGGGCUGUUGAAGAAGGAUGGGACCUUGGUCCUUGUCAAUACUAUUGGAGCGGCUCUGCAGGUCCUGUACAUUGUGGCCUACUGCCAUUACACCAAAAGUAAGAGGCGCGUGUCAGCACAGGCCCUGGCUGCCGGCGUGCUGCUGUUUGGGGCCUGGGUGUACUUCAGCCUGUUUCUCACCAGAGGAGAGCUGCAGCUGGCUCAGCUGGGCCUUGUCUGCAGCGUCUUCACCAUCACCAUGUACCUGUCCCCGCUGGCUGGCCUGGUUGAGAUGGUGCGCAGCGGGUCUGUGGAACGUCUCUCCUUCCCCCUGGCUGUGGCCACGUUCCUCACCUCCUCCUCCUGGACCCUGUAUGGGCUCCAGCUCCAGGAUUACUACAUCAUGGUACCAAACACCCCUGGGAUCAUCACAAGUCUCAUCAGAUUCUUCCUGUUUUGGAGAUUUGCGUCAGUCAAUCAGGAUGCGCCCACCUAUAAACUGGUACAGAUGUGAUGGGGGUGGACCUUAAGUGUCUUUUCUCUGUAUAUAAUGGUAGUGAUGCUUGGGAGCUUCCUGCCAUGGCCUUGGUUAUAGCAAAGACAGAUUACUUAGCAAGCUUCAUUUAAUUAAAUCUCUAUUUUCAUGAAUAUUCAUGAGCUGGCAUUCAAUAUUGUUAAGAGUUUUCGGUAGUUGAGUGUUCUCAUAAUUUAAUACUUUAGCUUAUGUGCACCUUUUUAUACAAAUCUAUUUACAAUAUGACGGUACAAAUAUUAUACAGUAUAAAUGUACGAAAUUUGAUUUGUUUGAUUUCUUUCCUCCCCCAAGUGAACAUUGUGAAAUUGAAAAUAAAUUUUAUACAUAUAAACAUACAACUGUAAAAA